AUGGGAUCCGCUUGCGCCACUCAGAGGUCUACUCAACAUGUCGAAGAGCCUCAAUCCUUUGGAUCAGACUUGAAAAAAUCAAAGGCUCACCGUCAAAGUCCAUCGCAGCAGCAGCCCUAUGAAACAGAGUCCGUGGAUAUGAAGGAGCCAGCGGGAGCAUCAUGUACUUCUGUUGCCGUGACUCCGUUAGUGGAAAAUGGCGACGAAGCGAAUGGCAUUAAGGUUACUAUGCAGCCUGGACAGAGCUUUGCUGCUAUCGGAAUGCAACAAAACUCUUCAACAGUUGUGUGUGGAGACUCAAUUACCCACUCAUCGAAGCAGAUAAAAAACCCUUCGCCGCCCAUGACAAGAAAAAAUUCGGAGAACGUAACAAGCCAAACCAACCCAGCAAAAACAAAAUCGUUGAAUUCAAAAUACAUAAUUCAUGAUGAGCAGAUUAAAAGAGAAUGGGGCCAAUUUUUGAAUGGAAAUACAUCACGGAAAAUCAAUAAUGAUCAGGAGGUUUUUAGUGAGAUUAGUUUUGAGCCAUUGGAGAGUACCGUUGAGCCAAUAGCCGUUCCCGAUGACGUCAAUUACUCACAAAUUGUUAAAAUAUUUAUCAAAGGAUAUUUAAAUCCUAUUGCAAGUAUUCUUCAAGUUGAAAAAGAGGUUGAUGGAUCUACAGAUACAACUUAUGUAUUUCAAAAUUUACAAAUAUUGAAAGAGGUGGAGAAGGACAAAAGAUUGUUUGCCGUUUUAUCUGACACACUACCGAGCUCAGUCUCAAAACAAUUUUCCAAUCUGAAAAAUAUUGUUACCUCACUUUCGGUAAACACCACAGCUGAGUUUGAAGCUUUGAUUGAGAAAACUGAAACAUGUCUUGAACAAAUAGAAAACGGAGAGGAGCUUGUUAACUUUGAAGGAAGUACUUAUAUGUGGACAAACUUGGGCGUUCCUUUGUUGCAUUUUGCAGUGAGUCAAAAUAAUUUCUCUGCAGUCGACAUAUUAUUGAUGGGAGGCGCCCAAGUUGGUCAACGAGAUAUUCAUGGUAGGACUGCUCUGUAUUAUGUAAAAAGCGUUGACAUGUUUAAGAAAUUGAGCGAGUUUAUUUCUAAUGAAGAUCUGCAGAAAGCCUCCUUUUCCGGAGAGUUGGUGUCGCAUGUCUUGUGUGAAAUGUAUAGCCAUAACAAAGAUUUAGCUAAAUCAUUGCUACAUGAAUUGACAUCUUUCACUACCGACUCUUCAACAAAAGAAAUCCUAUUCUGGAAAUUGGAUUGUCAUGACAACACUGCAAUAUCAAUACUACAGAGAGGUAUUUAUACCAAAGCAAAACGAAUGUCAAAGCAUGAUCAAUUUAAAUUCCUUAACGAGGAGCUGAGAUGGCAAAUCGAGAGAGGUGUGACGAAUUUUAAAACUCUCAAUAGUAAUAUUUCUUCAGAGACCAAAAUAAGUUUGUUGUCGAACGCUUUAUUGGAAGAAAAUAUUGAGCUUGCUUACUACUUACUUGAAAAUAUCCACAUUGAUUUAGAUAUCUCAUCUCUAGUUUCUUGCAUUAAGAGCGUUCAUGUAGCAAAAAUGGUAUUUCAAUUUUAUCCAGAAGCCUUCUAUCGUAAACAAAACACUGAGAGACAGGAGUUGAGCGAUCUCUCAAGGAUCAUUUUGAAUAUGAGAUCAGGUAACAUUCCUCUAAUUUCUUUCUUAAUAGAAAAGCUUGAAUACAAUCUAAUCUCCAUGGAAAUCAAGCUACUAAUUGAGUUGACUGUACAAGGAGCAUGUGUGGAGCUCUUUGAACUCAUUAAGAAAGCUAUUCAAUUUUCAUCUUGCUCGGAGCUGAUAGGCCCCUCUUUCGGAUACACAAUGUCUCCAUUCGAAUAUACCCUUUCGCUCAACAGAGCAUUUUGUCAUGUCACGGAAAUAGAGCAAAUGAUAUGGACCAAAGUUAAACAUGACCAGAACGAAACGAACACAAUACUAUUGAAAAACUCAUGUGGUCACCUUCUAUCUCAAUGCUUAAAUGCCAGAAAAUUUGACACAUUUAAGGAUAUAUUAUCACAUCUAUUGAUGAAUGGGCUUUGCGCUGAGAAUAUGAGAUUCAGUUUGGUAACGGAAAGCAAAUCUAUUCGCCUUAAUCUUAGACAAAUUGACCUUAUUUAUAACUCACUGGCUUCACUCAUUCGCACUUCAGACGACUUGACUCAAGACCUUACCGACGAAUUUUUACAACUAGCUUCCAAAUUGUCUUCAAUCGAUGAUACAGAUCCGCCAAUAUUGUCAAUAUUACUUUGCCUUUUUAUGAAGAAAGCAGACAUGGGAGUUACUCUUAACAUUUUAUCUCAUAAUUACAGUUAUUUGGUAACUACUUUCGAUGGCCAAGUGCCUUUAAUCACUGCAGAAAACAAGGAACAGGUAUUGAAUUGGAUUAGCAACAUAAGGGAUGAGUCAUGUCUCAGAAAUUACCUUGUCAAACCUUACAGUACCAAUGACAAAGUGUCAUGGAAUUCUCAAUUUUGCUUGGAUUUGCCAAAGUUACGUAGCUUUGUUAUACAAGGUCUAUUAGCCGAUGAUUAUUCGUUUGUAGAAAAAGUUAGCUAUGAGGCACAAAGCUUAUUAGAUCAAAUGUACGAAAUGAUUUCCUUGCUUGCGUCUGAAUCAAGCGAUCUCGUGAAAGAACAAUUCAAAACUAUUGCUCUUAAGCAACUUCAAACGAUUGAACACUUUGAUCCACCUAUUGACAUUGUGUCUCAACUGAUGGUACAAAUGACGAAAGAUUGUCUCGGUGCUGCACCCAACUAUUCCGUAUUAGACAACGUUCGAUCUGAGCAAGAAAUGUAUGACUGUUUGGUAGCAUAUUUGAAAUACAGCAAGCUACUACCCUCACUUCCAAUUUCCAAGCUGUCGCAUCAUUUACACCAAGUCGAAAUCACUAGCAGAAUAGUCAAGUUCCUAUUUACACAUGAUUACUUUAAAGAGAUAACUGAAGCCUUGAUUCAUGCAAUGCCAUUUGAAGAGAAGCUCAAGUGUACUUCGUUUUUCUUUUCCAUUAAUUCGUUUAAUGGAGACAAAAUGGGCCAUGUCGAAAGAAUACUGGCAAUUAUUUGUGCUGUUGGCAGAAAUUCAGACGACGAGGUAUUGCAAUUAUUGGUUAUGGCCAUCAAGAAGUCCAAUGCUAAAUUUGUGAAACAACUAAUUUCUCAAUUAGAGGAGGCAGCACAAACGUUCGAAAACGUCAAGGACUUUAUUCGAGAACCCCUAUUCGCCUCAUUAAGAAGUGGCUGUGAUUGUAUCUUACCAAGCCUUAUUUCAAGCGUAUGUCCAUUAUCCGAAUUGGUGGGCAUGAAAAACGAUGCAGGAGAAUCUUUGAUGCAUGCUGUAUGCUUUGGAGGAUGCAUCAAAACCCUGACGCUUAUUCAAGAAUCAGUACAUGAAAGCAAAUUUGCAUCAUUGCUUUUUGACUCAUCCUUCCAAACAAAAGUUGAACAAAACACAGAAGAUGAAGAAGAUGGUGAUCAGAUUUUCUAUACUGCCCAAUAUUUUGCUUAUUGCUCUGGAAAACAACACAGUAGAACAACAAUGUUUGAACUCAUUAGAGAAAUGUGGAAAAAGAGCCUCAUUCCAGCUCCCGAAUAUAUUGGAGACUGGACAAGAAAUAUUGGAAACAUACCCUCUUUCCUCAUGCAUUUCCAAAAUAGUCCUAACAAGCCUCUUAUUAACACUAACGAGCAACAAAAUUAUUUGUACUUAAUGGAUACAGCACUGUGGAUGCAAUAUCUUAUUGAUAACGAGUCAAAAUUCAAAGACAACGAUUCGUUUUUACGGUUUUAUGUUUAUCACUUUAUUUUGAGACAGUCGGGAGGAGAAAUCAAUCAAGAUACAUUGCUCUAUCAUGCUCCAAGAUCUGUUGCUCCAAGACAUUUGUGGUCACCCUUUUUUGAAACAUUGUUCAGAAUUGCUAAUGUCGAGAAUGGAGACUUGACAAAGUUUUUCAUCAUGUACAUUAGAUACGGCAAGAGAGCACUUCAUGAAGAUGAAAUUCUUCAUGCUCUUGACAUUCUGUACUCGAGACUUAGCUCUGCCAAGAACCAUGAAUGUACUUCUUCUGCCAUUCUCCAAAUUCUGUCAGAUGGCUUCGAAGAAAAAGACGACUUGCUCAUGGAUACCAUGUUCAAACGAAGAUCCAAAAUGAUGAAACUGUUUGUAAAAAUUAUAUCCGAAACAAACAACUUGAAGGACAAGCUUUGGACUCUUAUGGGAUCACACAUUGAGGAAUCUGUUAGACUCGUACAUCCAAAGAUCGAAAACAACGCAGCUCAGCAAUUGAUUUCAUUGUUUGAUCUUAACGUACAGCCAGGAUCUGAUGUUGUGGAGCUUUGUCAAGCGACAAGUGGCGACCGUCUCAACCACUCUGACGAAAUGAUUGCAAUAAGAUCAUCGAUGGGGGUCGUUGGACGGGAUUGGUCCUUGAGCAACGCCUUGAAACAAGCAUCUGCUUACCUUAAUGUCGACAUUAUUGAAUAUCAGCCUGCUUUGAGCACUUUCUGUGAAGAGAAGGCAUAUAUCCUCACUGGCACUGUCACUCUACACGGCAUUGAACAGAUAUUGCAAAAUAUUAGGGAGCAAGAUAUUGAAAUUCAAAAAGUCUCCAUUUCGGUGCUUUCUAACAUGAGUGAUCACUCAUUAGCUUCAACGAUCCAAGACAAAACCCUCCAAGUACAGAUUUGUCUUGAGAAAGAUACAUUGUUGUGCUCAGAAUGGGAUUGCAAAGCGCCUCAGCAACACUAA